AUAUAGCGUAAGAACAGUGGCAGAGUUGAUGCUCCAAGCUUAUAUACACCAGCAACUCGAGGAAGGAGGCACACAAGGAACAUGGCGAUGGCCUUCAAAAUGGGGACGACUGGUUUAGGUGUGACAGAGGAAUGCAAGAGCUCUUUCAUGGAGCUGAAAAAGAAGAAAGUGCAUAAAUACAUUGUUUUCAAGAUAGAUGAGGGAUCGAGAGAGGUAAGGGUCGAGAAAGUUGGGGCAUCGGAUGCGAGCUACCACGACUUUGCCACCUCUCUUCCCCACGACGACUGCCGAUAUGCCGUCUUUGAUUUCGACUUCCUCACCUUGGAUAACUGUCACAAGAGCAGGAUCUUUUUCAUCCAAUGGUGUCCAACAGCAUCGAGGAUUAGAGCAAAGAUAUUGUAUGCAACAUCAAAGGGUGGAUUGAGGAGAGAGCUGGACGGUGUUCAUUACGACUUACAGGCUACAGACCCAACUGAGAUGGGUAUUCAGGUCAUCAGAGACACAGCCAAAUAACCAAUGUUCAAAAACUCGACUCGGCUAAGACACUUAAACACUGGCUGACGCGAGUUACUCAGCCGAGUCUUUUCGUAGAGUAACUUUUUUUUGUCUCUCUCCAUACAACAAACUCUCUUUGGUUGUAUAUUUUUGAGUUUUUCCUAUUGUAAGUUAUAUGAGGAAGUGGAGCAUGUGCAAAUAAACCUUGGCAUGAAAAUGAGUGGUAGCUUAAUCCAGUAGUUAUGAACUAAAAUUUCAAAAAUAGAAACAGUUGUAAAAUCAA